AUGCAUCCUUAUAAAGAUGUCAUUUGUUAUAACAUUCGUCCGCGCAUAACUUCGGGUCCAAUUAUUGUUGGAGCAAACAAAAAUGCUCUUGUUUCUGGGACUGAAGCAUAUCUACAGUGCCUAGCUUCUGGUCAGCCUCAGCCUACCAUUCACUGGUAUCAUGAACGGGACCUGCAAACAGAACUACAGAAGAUAAAUCCUAACAGAUUUUCCGUGAACACAAAUUGUCGCGCUGGCUUAUUACGUAUUUCAGAGGUAUCAUAUCCUGAGGAUUCAGGUAUUUACAAAUGUCGUGCUGUGAUCCCUGUUCCUGCGAUAUAUUCUGGUUCCACUUCGAUUUCGACAACUGAAGCUCAAAUACAUAUAAGUGUUGCGCUCCCACCAAUACUGAUACCGCUCACAACUAUGAAUAGUUAUGUGGAACUUGGAGGCACCGCUAGAGUACAGUGUCGAGUACGUGCUACUACGCCUAUGGAAUUUUAUUUCAAACGCCUUAACUCUAACGCAUCAUACAUAAAUGGAGUUCAACCUGAUGACAAACGUAUUCGUGUAUGGAGAGAAGAAGAUGUAAGCGACCCAUUGAACCAUGAUUUGUUUUUAACAAUUGAAAAUGCAACUUUAGAUGAUACAUGGAACUACAGUUGUCAUGCAGGCAAUGAAGGAAAUUCGUCUCACAGUGAAAAAAGUGGAUUACGAUUCGGUUGGCGAUUUAACGCAACUAAUUUAACUUGUAUUUCUCGUGGAAUGCCUCAUCCAACUUGGACUUGGUAUCGUCGUGGUGAGCAAAUUUUAAACGGACAGAAUUCAACUUUUGUAAUAAUAAGUUAUGACUAUUGGGAUCGCAGUCAGUCAUGGCUUCAAAUUACUCCAUGCUUAUUUACAGAACAUUUUGUGUAUGAUGAAUACGUGUGCAAAGCUACAAAUAUUAAAGGUACAAAUGAAGACAAAGUUAGCUUUCAGCGAUCAUCUGUUCCUGGACAGCCAACAUUGCAAAGUUAUUCAGUCACCCAGUCAACUAUAUUACUGAAUGUUGGUCCACCUAUUAAUACUGGAGGCAUGCCGACAAUGGCAUAUGAAUUGAAUUACAGAGCAUUUGGAGGACCGGAAGGAUGUAUUGUUGGAAAAGGUACACCGUACAGCUUCUCAGUUCAUACUCUGCCUAGUACGCGUCCAGGUCCUGUAGAGGUGGUUCACUCUACAACUGGAAUAUAUCCUUAUGGACAUAUUAUAAACUGGAUUCCACCUGUAAGUGGCGGUUCCCCGAUUCUAGGCUAUCGAAUUCGUGUCCGAACUGUUGAAGCCGAUUUAACUUCAAUUACCACAGAAGAAAAUAUUAUACCCACAAGUCGUUGGAAAGCAUACACACCAUUCUUCAACAAUCCGUAUUUAAAUUAUUAUCAUUUGGCCCCAUUGAAGCCUGAUCACACUUAUCAACUAAUCGUUGAAGCUUAUAACCGUCAUGGCUAUUCCUUGGAUGGAGUUGAUAUUGAACGAUACAGUUAUUUGAAUCGUACACCAACUUCAAAACCACAAUUACAACAAAUCUUCCCCGGUGGAAGAUUGAAUUAUCGAAAUUCCGAACGAUUUUCUAGCGCUACUAAUUUCCCAAUGAAAUUAAGGCAGUCUGAUCUUGUGCCAACAUGGUUUCUGUUUGUAACACCACCAGGCGAUGAAUUGGGUCCUCCAUCACUUUUAUUUGGUAUUGCUUCAUCAGCCCAUGCUUCUUACUGGAAUGUUUUAUUUCUGGAUGCUCUUACCUUGAUUAUCUGUAGCCUCCAAUGA